GGCUUGCUGCGUCGCUUGUUCCUGAACCUUUUCUUCCUUCCAAAUGCCCUGAAGAUCCAUUGCACACCUUGGACUUUGCAUGAAACCUCCUCUCUCCUAUUUUCUCAGGGAACCAGGCGGUGGAGAAGGAGGAAUGAAGGAAACAAGAAAUCCGGCCUGAGAACGGAGGUCCCUGUCAAGAGAAUGGCCAAGAUCUCCUCAGGAUGUCUGCCAAGGUCUCCCCUGCUCCCCUCCUCUCCAAACCCCCCAUGCGGGUGAAUGAAGGCUCCCUGGUGGUCCAAUGGCUGAGCUUAGUUUCCGGCCUCCAGAUAUCUGCAUUCCUGAUGGAUAUUUUGGCCUUGUCGAUGUGCAUUUUGUCAACACUCAGUGUCAACUGGCGAGUGUGGAGUGUGGAAAACAUCAAGGGAAUCGGCUCUGGAAACAUCUGGAUUGGAAUCUGGGAUGUCUGCUUUUGGAAAGACCCUUCUAACGACGGCAACGUUUUUUGGCAUUGCGAAGACCUCGAUGAGCAGCAUCCAACCCUCCCGAAGGAAAUUUUUAUUGCACAGGAUUUAAUGGCACUAGCUUCAAUUAUGAAUUCAGUGGCCCUGGGGUUGAUUUCAUUUGCCUUGUACAAUGUGUUCAAGCCCAGAAAACAUAAGGAUUUUCUCUUUCGCUUUUUUAGGCUUGCAGCUUUCCUGAACUUAGUUGCAGGGAUACUCGUCCUGAUUUCUGUGGUAUGGAACACGUCUGCUGUCUUGCAAAAUGGGGAAAUUGAGUUCCCUGAAACUUUUGAAUUGCCUCAAAUUCCCAGCGAGCAGCAUAUUGGACCUUCUAUUUAUCUAGGCUAUAUCGCUGCAGGUUUCCAGCUGCUGAGUGCAGCA